AUGGCAAUUAUUGCAAUUGCCCUCUUGUCUGUCCUAAUGCAGACAUCCUUUGAUGAUCCUGAGAGAAAAGUGGCCACUAAGAUCACCAUUCCAGCAGUGAAGAUCACUGAAGCUCCAACCUUUCCACUCUUGCCAACCACGGUCAAUGAGGAUACUUUUAUUGAACCAGAUACAUGCCUGUCUACGGGUGUGACGAGACUCGAACCAACCAUCGAGGACACACUUCCCCCACUCAAGCAGCAACGAUUGCCCAACCUUCUCAGCGAUGAGGAGACCGAAGACGACCUUGGCGAAUUCCUUUUGGAUGCCGUUGAAUGGCUCUAA